UUUGCAGCUUUACAGAAUCACUUUGCCUCUCGCCUCCGUGAGUCAACUCAAAAUUUCUCAGCAGGAACGACAAACGUUACCAUAAUGAACACUUUCAUUAGAACCGCAGCAUGUCUUCUUCUGUCAGUAGGACUGGCUGGAGCGUUGGUCUCUUAUGAAGCAUAUUGUAAGGCGUGUGUAAAAGAGAGUCAACAAGCGUCACUUUUCCCGCAUCCAAACAGAUGUGAUCAGUAUAUACAGUGUGACGUUAGUGGCAAUGUAACGCGGGCUUAUCUAAGAGCUUGUCCACCGUCAACAUUUUUCAAUAUGACAUUAAGAAUUUGCGCUCUCCAGGUUGCACACUGCAAUGAAACUUGUAAAAGUGGCUCAAGAUUCAAAGCGAUUGGUUCUUGUAACAACUACUAUGAAUGCGUCAAUGGUAAAUUUGACUCAACUCAGAAAUCCUGCCCUGACCAAUUUGCAGUCGAUCCCGAUACUGGUGCUUGUGUUGCCGAUGCUAGUUGCCCUCCAAGGAUAGUUCGCCCCGUAGGUAUGUAAUUAUCAACAUGUUUUGUAAAU